CUCAAAGCAAAGAUAGGCUUACACUUCUUCAAUACUCGAUUGUUUACAUAUCCAUAUCAAUUGCACCACUUUAUAGCUCCACCUAUCACGCAACCAUGAGCUUGGACCAUUACUGGGAUGUUUACGGUACUCUGACAGAGGGUUAUCAAAAGCGGCGUCGAGAACUCAAAAUCCAAGGAGCCUCCGACGAAUCUCAGUCCGAAGAACGGCCAUCCCACAGCUCAGAGGCCUCCAGCGGCUCCUCAUACAUCAACCUUGUAAACUCUCCGAGCAAGAUCCCCAAACUUCAUCUUCAGGCCCCGGACGGCAAAAAAAAAGUUCUAGCUGGCGAAGACAUCGACAACCACGCUCAAGCGAUUUCUAGCAAUCCGAGCGGCUCCCAAGAGCCCACUCUCAAACAAAGCGACGAGACGAUAAUCGAGGUUAUACGAGAUCCCGUGAUUGAAGAAGAGAGGAGCACACUGAAGACAGAGCGAGGCCGCAGAAGGUCGGAAGAUUCGACGGAGACGAAAGAGGGCAUUGAAAAUUCCUAGUGUCAGGUUGAUCGAGACGCGGAAAAACGGAUGCUUUCUAGGAAAUACCAUUUGUUAAAGAAAGUCCUGGAUAGGAUGCAUGUUAGUCAGGGGUCUAAAGGGAGAGAUUUGGGGAAAUCUGGCAAUGUAGUUUUGGAUUCAGUUUAGAGAGACAUGGUUUCUUGUUCUGACGGGAUGUCCUUUGCGUGUUUUAGUUUUUGUUAAAUUAUUUCUGAACCAUGUUAGGUAUUGAAUUGCUUACAAGGUGCUGUUGUCAAGUGGAAAUUGGAUUCUUCGGGGGGCAGCAGGUUAGAGUCCCAGAUAAAUGAGCAACACAUGUAUUCUCUUACUUUCAUGUCAUCAAACCGUUGUCUAUUGAAG